AUGCAUGCACCUGUCCCGGCCUGCUCCCAUCUAUUAGUAUAUCCUGCCGUUUUGGAACUCCAUUUGUCCAAUUUUUUCCAUAUUUUGAACCGCCACAACCCUUGUUUACUUUACUCUUUUAGAAACCAGCUUCUGAUCUGUUUCUACUUUCAAUUUUCUUUUCUUGUUUCUGGCCGGUAUCCCACGAAGGCUCCGGGGAACGGACUGAAUAAUGGGAAAAUUGUGGACGUUCAUCACCCAGGUUCAUUCAAUUUCUGGGCCGGUGUUAACGUUGUUGUACCCCUUAUAUGCAUCGGUGAUGGCCAUAGAAAGCACAUCGAAACUGGAUGACGAACAGUGGCUUGCUUACUGGAUCUUAUACUCAUUUCUCACUCUCAUGGAGAUGCUUCUCCAACCCAUUCUGGAGUGGAUACCAAUUUGGUACGAUGUGAAGCUACUGUUUGUGGCGUGGCUAGUUCUACCGCAGUUCCAAGGGGCAGCCUUCUUAUAUGAGAGAUACGUGAGAGAGCAAAUGAAGAAAUAUAGAGGCCCGCGGGUUAGCGAUCAUCGUCACCACAAGUCUCCCAAUACCCUUAACAACAUGAAGGGCAAACAUAAGACGUUCUUGGAGUUCAUCACCCACAAGAAAGGGGAGCAGGAGGCAUACUGAAUAGAUAAUUAGAUUUUGGGAGACAGCAUUAUUUUCCCGCUAGCUAGCUUGCUUGUGUGGCUCAUCUUGAUCUCUUUCAACGUUUCGUUUUCAUGGUUUCCUAGUUUUUUGUUGAUGUUACACUUG